UACUACACACCUUGCAAAAACCGCUAUUGUUGAUUAAUACCUAUAUUGUCCAUAUAUUGACACUCAUUCAACUAUGGAAAACUCAACAAUGGGUAGUAAUUGUCUUACCACAUGUUGUACGGGGAAUUUCUUCAAGAAAAAGAAAUCUCUCCCCAUUGAUACCAUAUUCAAGCUUCCUGUUCCUGAUGCAAAUUCUUCUUGGCCUCAAGGUGGUAAUUUUGCUAGUGGAAUAAUCGAUCUGGGUGGGCUACAAGUGUCUCAAAUAUCAACAUUCAACAAAGUAUGGGGCACCUAUGGCGGCGGACCGGACAAUCAAGGCUUCACCAUGUUUGAAGCAUCAGGAAUUCCUCAAGGUUUCUUUAUGUUAGGUAGCUACUGCCAACCCAACAACAAGCCUCUUUUUGGAUGGGUUCUUGUGGCAAAAGAUGUGUCUAAAAGCACAAGCAACCCCACUUUAAAGCAACCAAUCGAUUACACGCUUGUAUGGAACAGUGCAUCAAUGAAGAUCAACCAAGAUGGUCCCAUCUAUGUUUGGCUACCAACAGCACCUGAUGGGUACAAAGCUUUAGGCCAUGUUGUCACCACCACACCAAAUAAGCCUUCUUUUGACAAAAUCAGGUGUGUGAGGUUAGACCUCACUGACCAAUGUGAGACAAGUUUAUUGAUUUGGGAAUCAGGCAGCUUCAAUGUUUAUGACGUUAGACCAAGCAAUAGGGGGAUUCAAGCUCCUGGUGUUAGAGUAGGCACAUUUGUUGCUCAAAAUGGUAGCACCGAACCUCCAUCUAUUGCUUGUUUGAAAAACAACACCAAUGCUAUCCCAAAAUACAUGCCUAACCUACAACAAAUCAAGGCAAUAAUGCAAGUUUACUCUCCAACUAUGUGCUUGCACCCUGAUGAAGAAUACUUGCCAUCUUCUGUGGAUUGGUUUUUCUCCAAUGGAGCACUACUUUACGAGAAAGGGCAAGAGUCAAAUCCUGUUUCAAUUGCACCAAAUGGCACAAACCUGCCUCAGGAUCAUAACAAUGAUGGUGCCUAUUGGCUGGACCUGCCUUCUGACGCAGCCAACAAAGAGAGGGUCAAGAAAGGAGACUUGCAAAGUGCCAAAAGCUAUGUGCAUGUGAAGCCAAUGCUUGGAGGAACUUUCACUGACAUUGCAAUGUGGGUCUUCUACCCAUUCAAUGGACCUUCAAAAGCAAAAGUUGAGUUCAUUAAUGUUAAAUUAGGGAAGAUAGGUGAACAUGUUGGUGACUGGGAGCAUGUGACACUAAGGGUAAGCAACUUCAACGGCGAACUAUGGCAGGUCUAUUUCUCACAACACAGCAAGGGUGCAUGGGUUGAUUCCUCUCAGAUUGAGUUCCAAAGUGGUGGUGGCAACAAACCAUUAUACUAUUCUUCCUUGCAUGGCCAUGCAUCAUACCCACAUGCUGGCCUUAAUAUGCAAGGGACAGAUAACAUAGGCAUAAGGAAUGACACUGCCAAAGGUGACAAAAUGAUGGAUAUGGGGGCAUUUGAAUUGGUUUCUGCUGAGUAUUUGGGUUAUGCAGUUAUAGAGCCUCCUUGGCUGAACUAUUUCAGGGAAUGGGGUCCUAAAAUUGAUUAUAGCAUAGAUGUUGAGUUGAAGAAGAUUGAGAAGUUCUUGCCUAAGAAUCUAAAAGAUGCUUUGGAGAAGAUUAUGAGGAGUUUGCCAAGUGAGGUGCUGGGAGAGGAAGGACCCACAGGUCCAAAAGUCAAGAAUAAUUGGAUUGGAGAUGAAGUUUAAUUGAAGAUUGUACACUUCAGUUACAUUGAUUCUCACGUAUAAUAAAGUGUGCAUGUGCAUAUUGUGUGCAGAACAGAACUCAAUGUCCUAUUCAAUUAAUUAGUUAGGAGUUAUAUAUCAUUUUGUUACAAUUUAAUCAAAAUAGCUUCUAACAGCUUGUUACAUGCC